AUGAAAAAGAUUCAGAGUGUACCAGCCCCUAGACACGAUCGGCUAGAAACGGUGAUUGAUUUUGGACUAGCGGUCCAAAACUUAGUGGAUCACCUUCAAGCCGCGCACCAAGAAUCACACCUUUCAAACCCAAUGAUGAUGCAGGAACUGGUAGAGAAACUACCAGGUUCUCUAAAGUUGGAUUGGGCGCUACAUAAGAGCCAGGAGCCUAUCCCUACACUGCGAACUUUCAGCAGUUUCAUGACGAAGUUAGUCACGGCAGCCAGCGAAGUGACAUUUGAAUCACCGAACGUCAACGUGAACAGGAGCGAGCGCAAUAGACCGAGGGAUAAAGCAUAUAUUCAAUCUCACUCCGCAGUCCCCGAGACCUUUACAAUUCCAAGCAUUGAAUUCAAUGCCAAACCGAGGAAAAUAUGCGCAGUUUGUAAUCGCGAUGGUCACCGUGUGGCCGAGUGUUCCGAAUUUAAAUCCUGGAAUGUAGAUGAUAGAUGGAAGAUUGUUCAACAGAAAGGCCUGUGUAGAACUUGUUUGAACAAUCAUGGCAGAUGGCCGUGCAAAUCUUGGAAAGGAUGUGAUGUUCAAGAUUGUCGCAAUAAACAUCAUUCGUUGCUCCAUUAUCCCUCGUCUACAACUCAUCCUUUAAAUUUUUCGAUAAAUUCCACUUUUGCAAGUUGUCUUCCAAUCUUUCGCAUAAUUCCCGUCGUGUUGUACAACAACGAUCGAGCCGUAACGAUAUUCGCCUUUAUCGACGAGGGGUCGUCAUUAACCCUGCUAGAGGACACCAUCGCUCAAUGUCUAGGUUUGGAGGGAGUGGCAGAAUGCUUAACUCUCAGAUGGACGGGGAAUGUUACUCGAAAAGAGAUGAGAUCUCAGAGAGUUCAACUUGAAAUUGCGGGAAAAAAUAGCUCAUUGAAACAUAAACUCGUUAAUGCACGUACCGUUAGCAGUCUAGUCCUACCAUCGCAAUCUCUAAAAUAUCACCAACUUGCGGAAAGAUUUCCCCAUCUACGAGGCUUACCACUUGAAGACUAUGACUCAAUCCAACCGAAACUUUUAAUCGGAUUAGACAAUCUUCGGCUAGGCGUUCCGCUGAAAGUUCGACAAGGGCAUUCGGGUGAACCGAUUGCAGCGAAAUGUCGUUUGGGCUGGGGAAUCUACGGGAGCGUUCCUGCCAAUCAAAUUCUAGAAGUUCCAAUCAAUUUCCACGUCGCGGAUAUCACUGAUCCCGAUCUUUUGCUGAACGAACAAUUGCGAGAUUAUUUCGCGCUGGAAAGCCUGGGGACAACAGUUCACGGUACACAAAUUGAAACUGAGGAAGAUAAGCUGGCAAGACACAUCCUGAUGGAAACCACUCGCCGCACGGAGUUGGGGUUCGAAACGGGGCUUUUGUGGAAACAGGAUUGCCCAAACUUCCCGAAUAAUUACCCAAUGGCACUACGUCGCUUGCAAUCUCUAGAGAAAAGGCUUAAGAAGGAACCACAUUUGAUGGAGCGAGUUAGAGAACAAAUAGCGGAAUACGAAAGCAAGGAAUACGCUGAUAAAAUAACCAACGAAGAAAUAAAAACAACCGAUUCCAAACGAGUAUGGUAUUUACCAUUAGGUGUUGUCGUUAAUCCCAAGAAGCCAGAGAAGGUUAGACUUAUCUGGGAUGCUGCAGCCAAGGCCAAUGGAACAUCACUCAACUCCCAACUCCAGAAAGGACCAGAUCUAUUGACGCCACUCCCAAUGGUUCUGUGUAAAUUUCGUCUAUUUCCUAUUGCAGUUUGUGGCGAUAUUAGGGAAAUGUUCCAUCAAAUAAAAAUUCGACCGCAAGACCGACAAUCACAACGUUUUCUAUGGCGAGAUAAUCCAUCCAGAUCCCCUCAAAUAUAUGUGAUGGAUGUUGCCACCUUCGGCGCCACGUGCUCACCUGCACCAGCACAGUAUGUGAAAAAUGUUAACGCAGCAGAUUUCACUGAUCUUCUUCCACGUGCUGUCUCCGCGAUUCAAAAUAACCACUAUGUGGAUGACUAUUUAGAUAGCUUCGUGACUAUUCAAGAGGCGGUUCAAGUGCUGAACGAUGUCAGAACGAUUCAUGCCGCAGGGGGUUUUGAAAUUAGAAAUUUUCUCUCAAACUCAGCAGAAGUAUUAAGCUGUAUGGGUGAGAAAACAUCCGAAGGGUCUAAGAACCUUUUUCUCGAACGUGGCUCAGAUACAGAAUCAGUACUUGGUAUGCGCUGGAUCCCAAGAGAAGAUGCUUUCACAUUUACGAUCGGUUUGCGAAAUGAUUUGCUACCAGUGCGGGAAGGCCACUAUGUCCCCACUAAACGUGAAGUACUGAAAGUAGUGAUGAGUUUAUUCGAUCCUUUGGGACUUGUUGCAUUUUUCCUCAUACAUGGCAGAAUAUUGAUGCAAGACAUUUGGGCCACGGGAUGUGAUUGGGAUGACCAGAUAAACGCUGAACUAUUUUCUCGCUGCCAUAAUGGGCACAACUCUUUCCGCAGCUGA